GUCAGUCAGUAAGUUGCUGCCGUGACGAGAGGACGUACGCUCCACCCUGCCGCCCCGCCACUCCAUGCGUACAAAGAUGGGAGGUCAGACCAACGGAACGUGGACGCCCACCAAGAGGCGCGGACCCAUCGCUGCCGAGUUCUCCAGCCCGGGCCCUGCCUCCAUCGCCCUCAGGUCUUCCAUUGGUGCGGGUGGAGCAACGAAGAACCGUCCUCCUGCCUUUACCAUGGGCAGCCGACAUGAACCGAAACUAGACAAGGCUGGGCCAGGACCUGGUCAGUACAAUGUUACUGGCCUCUCAAACAAAGGGAAGGACGAGCCAGUGGCAGCCUCCAUGCACAUCAAGCCUAAGGAUCCGAGGAUGUACAUUACACCAGCCCCUUGUGACUACUCCCCGGACAAGGCUGAGGCCAAGGUCUUGGAAGCCUCCCCAAGCUUCUCCUUUGGUGUCAAGACUGAAGAUGGAAGGCCUUCUGAUGCUCCAGCUCCAAACAGCUAUAACAUACCAUCCCUGCUGGGUUCCACCAAGGAAGGCUCCAAACAUUCAGCCCCAAGCUUUACUAUGUCUGCACGGCCUCUGCCUGAUGAAGACAAGAUGAAGGUGCCAGGCCCUGGUUCUUACAAUGACUCCACAGUAGAUAAGUACAAGACUGUCAAGAGCCCCAGCUUCAGCAUGGGCCAGCGAACCACCAUCCCUUCUGAUCACACAAUGAAGCCUGGCCCUGGUGCACAUUGCCCCGAGAAGUAUCAGCCCUCCGGUCCCAAGUUCACCAUGGCUCCCAGACCUGCUGACGAAGUGGACAAAAUGAAUAUCCCAGGGCCAGGCGCUUACAACUCUGGUGAUCUUGAUAAGUGCAGAGAGAAACAGCCAGCCUUUACUAUGUCUCCAAAGACCAACCUGCCCACUGAUAACAGUCCAAAGCCUGCACCAAAUGCUUACUCUCCAGAAAAGUAUCAGCCCUCCGGUCCCAAGUUCACCAUGGCUCCCAGACCUGCUGACGAAGUGGACAAAAUGAAUAUCCCAGGGCCAGGCGCUUACAACUCUGGUGAUCUUGAUAAGUGCAGAGAGAAACAGCCAGCCUUUACUAUGUCUCCAAAGACCAACCUGCCCACUGAUAACAGUCCAAAGCCUGCACCAAAUGCUUACUCUCCAGAAAAGUACGUGCCAUCGGGACCCAAGUUCACCAUGGCGCCCCGUGCUGUUGAAGAGAUGGACAAGAUGCAAGUGCCCGGCCCAGGCACCUACGAAGCUGGCAACCUGGACAAGAGUAGGGUCAGUUUACCAGCAUUCACUAUGGCACCCAAAACCAACUUACCGACAGACCGUACUCAAAAACCAGCACCCAAUGCGUAUUCACCAGAAAAGUCCGAGUCGUCGGAGACCAAGACUACCCCACAGUUCAGCUUUGGAAUCAAGCACUCACAGUAUUUGGGAAAACUACGUGACCAGUAACCUCCAUACAGCUGUCUACCAAUGACCUGGCAUAGCUGUCUCCACCUGCCUCAUGUCUCCCAGGGGAAUUUACACAGCUGUGUCUACCUGCCUCUUAUCUCCUAGUGAUCUUGAUAGCUGUCUCUGCCUGUCUCCCAGCAAUCCUGACAGCUGUCUACCUGCAUCCAGUCUCUACAGUGAUCUUAAAACAGCUCUCUCCACCUGCCUCCUGUUUCCCUGUGGUAUUUACCCAGCUGUCUACCUGUCUCCCAGUGGUCCUGACACAUCCGUCUCCUGCCUCCCAGAAUCUCUGACACGGCUGUCUUUAUGCAUAGUCUGUCUACCACCACUGAACGGUUCCUCCUGUUAAAGAAUAUAGUGAUCCCAAUUGAAAACCAAUUGGUUAGAGGACUUGAUAAUUGUUAUAUUGUUACUUUGAUUAGGUUCCUUUUUAGAGUUAAUUAUAAAAAGAAACUGGUCAAACAUAAAAUUUGUAUGUGUCCAAUCUAGCAGAUUAUCUUAACUAAUACGUGAAAACCACAGUGUAUUCUAACUAGGAACAAGCAUCUUUUCAGAAUAGAGAAUUUGAGAGACAAAUUUAAUGCAAGUAAUGGCAACUUUAAUGGAUAUUCCACCACAGUGUUCUAAAAUUAAGACAGAAAAAGGGGCUAACCAUAAUUUAUGAAACUUUAAAUAUACUUUCAUAUCAUUAUUUUAGUACUAGCCACUCAAAUAUGACCUCACUACUCUUCUUGUGUACAUUUUCUUUAUUGAAUUGGGAUCACUAUAAUUGAGCAUUGUUUGAAAAUUUUAAACAAUAUAAAAAUUAUUUUUUGUUUUAUUAUUGCAUACAGCAUGGAAUAUUAUCAUUUGCCACAAAUAUGUGAAUAUUUUAAGUGCACUUUUAUUGGUCUUGAUCUUGUAAGUUCUUUUUUUUAUUCCUGGUGAUGAGAGUCAAUAGAUCACGAGAAUCGGCACUUGGCAGACAAGCUCCAGUGCUUGACUCGCGUAAUUCAGAUGAGAAUCUAUGACAGCAAACUAAUCAUAUACUUAAAAAUUAUCAGUAUGUCUCGCAUCGGGAUUUUGUUUAAAUCUUUUUAAAGAAAACAAAACUUUCUAUGGCAAGAAAAUUGAAAUCAUUUAUACAGUAAUUAUCAUUAGAAAAAGUUCGAGUAUUAAUACUCGAUUACAUUUAAUGUUUCUAAACCUUCCUAGAAGCAUUGAUUGUGUUCCUAAACACAAGUUUCUUCGGGCUACAACUUGGCUUCAUACUUAUGAACUUGUCUCUAAAAGUUAAUUAUUGAGUCAGUACCUCACAGGUUAAGUUUGAACUACUUUCCAGGAUACGAAUAUAAAAAAAUUUCAUAUCUUUGACAGUGUGAUGUCAUAAUAUAGGAAUGUCUUGCAUUAUCAACACCGAGUUUAUUACUGAACUAAGUUUUUCUACUUAAUUGCAACAUUUUGGCUGGUAUCCAAAGUACAGCAGUGCACUGUCGACAGUUUUAUGUAUCUCUUAGAUCAAGGCUUCUCUACAUUUGGACCUAGAAUUUUAUUCAUUGACGACCGAUUUUAUUAAAUUAUGGUGCACCAGCUUCUUACCAACACACAUAGGAAUAAUGAGAUUUUUUUUUUAUUAAGCAGAUGCUUAUAAAUAUUAAAUUUUUUAAUAUACUUUUUGUAAAACUGUAGAAACAUUUUACAUUUGAAGAAUUAAUAUAAAUUAUUCUACAAGAAUUGUUUUUCAAUUGCAGUACAGUACUGUAAUUACUUUAGUUGUAACAUGUCGGUCAUCUAUUAUGCAUGGAUUAAUAUGUACAUUAUGAUUAUACGUGCAUUCUCUUGUCUUGUAGUGCACAUCAUGCAAACUAUCAACUUUAUAUUUAUUAUUACAACUUGAGUUGGACACUAUUCUAAAGAAAAUAGUCCACCAUAUAUAUAUAGUUUUAUUGUAUGUAUAUAUUAUAUUCAGCUUUAAAAAUGUGCCAGAAUAAUGAUAAAUAAUCUUGUUAUAACCAUGCAAAAUUAUUUGUACUACAGAUUGUAUCUGCAAAACUAUAUUAAAUAGUAUACAGAAUACUUAUUAAAUCUACCUAUGCAAUUUUGAUAAUUUUGAGUGAUAAUCAUGUUUUAUUAUGGAUGCCCUCUUGUGUUGGAAUCAUUUAUUGCAUAAAAUGCUCAAAUAGGUGCUAGAGUUCCAACCAAGAGCACAAUUCUUUAUAGAAAUUGUUAAGUUACCUGUGUACUGAGCAAACAAAGGGGUCUAAGUAAAUGGAGAUGUGUUUGCCAUGCUUAUUGUGAUAGAUAACAUUAAUGUGACUUCAUAUACCAUUGGUAUAGUCAUCCCACCACAUGAUAAAGCACUUUUGUAUCGGCUCGUCGCAUUCUCCGUUCCAUGACCUUUAAGCUUUGUCCGGUGCCCCAUCUACCUACUCUAAUUUUCCUCCCUCCCAGUAAUCACUUUUAUCCAUAAUUAUUAUUAGUAGUAUACCGGGUAUAUAAACAAAACUUAACAUUUUCUCAGUUAUAUUGUAAAAACAAAAAUGAAAAAAAAUGCUUGUAAUGCAAUCAAAAUAAAUGGGGACAAAAGUUAAGAGCUUCUCUAAGGUGAAUUUAGUGUGACUAACUUUCAUGAUGACUUGUUUUCUUUAUAUGCAUAUAGCUACAUGGGCACCACAAAACAAUCAUUAUGCCCAACUGAUAUUCACAUACAGUAUAGGCUUGUUUCUCAACCUAUUCUUAGUGUUAGCAUUUUUAUUUUUCAAGCUCAUAAUUCCAGUUACAUUAUAAUAUUGCAAGUUAGAUUCAGUUACUUGUGUGGUUUAUUGUCUAUUGAAAGUGUCAACCAUGUUGCUUCAUUCACCUCACUGCACGUGGCACAAGCCCAUCAGUAAAGCUAUUUUCAUCUA